CUUUUCUUCCGCUUCUCUUGGAGACCAGCGUCGGGGUGAUGAUCUCUCUUCACGGAUAGUUCGUUUCUGGUGACCUCAAUGGCAACUCUGGCGGUGCAGAACACGGAUAACAGCCUAUACUCUUUCUUGCAGGACCGGACCCCCAACUCAUCCCCAGAAGACGUCACUGUCUGCCCUCCUACCUUGGCCUUUUUAGCAGCACCCACUGCUCCCCACUCCUCAGUCAGCACCCCAGGAGCCUAUGAGUCUGUGGGGAUGUUCCAGCUCUGGAGCAAUGAGGUACCGUCAGGCUCCCACACCAUGGCUUUUGGGCUGCCCAAGAUGCCAUACCAUGGGCAGGUGGCCCCGAGCAGCAGCAGCGGCUCCGCCCAUGAAUUGCCUCUGACCCCGCCAGCCGAGCCCACCUAUUCCUUUGAGCUGUCGCCCGUCAAGAUGUUGGCACCCACAGGGCACCCCUCUUAUGCCUUCCAGGAGGCCCAGGACUUCUCCAGCUUCUUGCAAGGCCCCCGGCCUUUGGGCCCGACGGGUCCCGGCACCACCUCCCCUGACGAUGCCCCUUGGUGGAGCCUGCAGCAGCCAGGCAACUUCUCCCUGGGCCGACCCCUGGUCCUAAGCCCCCAGCCCCCGCUUGCCGCCCUCCUCCAGAGCACUCCCAAAGGGCUGCUGGGUCCGGCCCGCCGCUGCCGCCGCUGCAAAUGCCCCAACUGCCAGGCAGCCAACGGGGCCAACGAAGAGCCCGGCAGGAAGAAGCAACAUGUCUGCCACCUGCCAGGCUGCGGGAAAGUCUACGGCAAAACAUCCCACUUGAAGGCCCACCUCCGCUGGCACGCGGGCGAGCGCCCCUUCAUCUGCUCCUGGCUCUACUGCGGGAAGAGCUUCACCCGCUCGGACGAGCUGCAGCGGCACCUUCGGACACACACAGGGGAGAAGCGCUUUGGCUGCCAGCUGUGUCCCAAGAGGUUUAUGCGGAGUGACCACCUGGCAAAGCAUGUCAAGACCCACCAGGGGAAGCGGCUGCGGGGUGUGGCGGGGGUGGCAGCCACCGUGGGCAUCAAGCAAGAAUGAGGAGGGGGCCGAGAGGCCGGCGUGGAGAAGGCGUCGCCUAGAAGGUGGGUCUGGACUGGACAUCUAGCCCGCCUGGGGCUUAUCAAGCUGCAAGACAAGGAAGGACUCUUUCCCCCUCCCCAUUCCCAUGUUUCCCCCACCCCCAUCUAGUUUUAUGACUAAAGCAGGGGGCGGGGAGUAUGACUUAACGAGAAAGAAAAUGUUGACAAACUGACAAACAAGGACGGAAGUGAGUCCAGGGAAGCAAUGAGAAGGCUACGGUGAACCUAAGGUCGUCCCACCUGAAGGCCUUUUCCCUGUCAGCACUACAGCCCUAUUAGUAACCAGGGAUUCCCCCAAAGAAUCUUGGGAAUUGUAGUUUGGUGGGGUGCUGAAAAUUAUCUGUUAAGAAACCCUAGCGGCCCUACAUUCCUGGGAAGGGGGAAUGAUUGUUAAGCCACUUUUUUAGUCUGUGGUGUGGAAAUGCUCUGUCACGGAAGUGGCUUAAAACCCUCACUUUAAAUACAUGCA